AUGUCCGAUAAAGCUCAGUUUGUUUUGCCCAACACGCAGCCGAUCGUCGAUCUGGAAUGUGCCACAGCGUUUAAUAAUUUGACCGAGAAGGAAAAGCAGUAUGCCCAUUUCUUCAGCAAGGCGUCUUGGACGGGCGGAUUAAUUGCGCUGGUGCAGUCCAGCCCGGAAUCACCGGUCAUCUUCUCGCUACUUCACCGAAUAUUCCUAGCCGAGCCGGUAGAAGAUUUGAAGAAAUCUGCAAUCGCAGCAGGCGUAUCGGAAGAUGAAUUUACGGCUUUCCUUGUGUACACCUGUGGUUUUCUGGCAAAUGCUGGCAACUACAAGGGAAUGGGCGAUAGCAAGAUCGUUCCCAAUCUGGACGUGGAAAAGUUCGAGACGAUCGUUAAGUGCUCGGCAGCGCACAAAGCAAAUGCCGGCGUAAUCGAUUCGCUCUGGGAAUCCACCAAGGUGCCCAUCUUUCUACUGACGGAUCGCAUGAAGACGCUCGGGCUGUGUGAUGCCGGUGUCACGACGUACUUCUCUAGCAACGUUACGCACGACGACACGGAGCUGAUAAGCGAAUGGAUGAAGGAACAUAAGUUUGAGGCGUAUAUUUGCCGAACGUUCAAAACGGUCGAAAAUGGCAAAACGGUGUACGAUAUUAAGCUGGCAUCGAGUGAGGAAGGAGAGAAGAAGGGGUUAACCCGCGAACCCGAAGAGUAUAAGGGAUGCAUUUUUAAGAUAACGCGUGGCGAUUACAACGAGCUAAUGCAGAUGGUAGCCGACGCGCUAGAGGAAGCGAUGAAGUAUUGUGCCAAUGAGAACCAGAAGCGUAUGAUCGAGGCAUAUGUUGAAAGCUUCCGCGAGGGUAGUUUGGACGCGCACAAGACCGGUUCGCGGUACUGGAUCAAGGACAAGGGGCCAGUAAUAGAAACCUACAUUGGUUUCAUUGAAACGUAUCGCGAUCCGGUUGGACAGCGGGGCGAAUUUGAGGGUUUCGUCGCUAUGGUAAACAAGGAGAUGUCGGCGAAAUUUGGCACGUUGGUGUCGAAUGCCGAAAACUUUAUUCAACUGUUGCCUUGGGGGGAGGAUUAUGAAAAAGAUUCUUAUCUCAAACCCGACUUUACGUCGCUGGACAUACUGACGUUUGCUGGGUCAGGUGUACCGUGCGGUAUUAACAUUCCCAACUAUGAUGAAAUUCGUCAAGAUGAAGGUUUCAAGAACGUCUCCCUCGGUAACGUGCUUGCCAACACGAACAAGACUGACUCGAUCCCGUUCCUUUCGGAGGAAGAUCAGGCGCUGCUGAAGAAGUACAAGGCGGCUGCCUUUGAGGUGCAGGUGGGAUUGCACGAACUGCUUGGUCACGGUAGCGGUAAACUGCUGCGCAUCGAUGAGGCGGGCGAGUACAACUUUGACUUGGCGAAGCUGAAAAAUCCGCUCACAGGUGAACCCGUCGGCUGUUGGUACGAGCCGGGUGAAACGUAUGAUUCGAAGUUUAAAUCGCUCGGCUCUUCGUACGAGGAGUGUCGUGCUGAGGCGGUUGGGCUUUAUCUUAGCCUGAACCGUGACGUGCUGAAGAUAUUCGGCCACAUCGACGAACAGGAGGUCGAAAACAUCAUCUACGUCAACUGGUUGCUGCUGGUUUGGGGUGGAGUCGGUGUGGCGAUGGAACUGUACAAUCCGGCGCAGAAAACGUGGCUGCAGGCACACUAUCAGGCGCGAUUCGUAAUCAUGAAAGUAUUGCUGGAAGCUGGCGAGGGCUUGAUAAAUGUGCAGGAGACUGAGGAGGGCAAAAAUUUGCUGCUCAAGUUUGAUCGUAGCAAGAUCGAAACGGUUGGAAAGGAGGCGAUAAGGAAGUUUUUGUUAAAGCUACAGUUUUACAAAUCGACGGGCAAUGUGGCGGCAGCAACCGAGAUGUAUAACCAUUACUCGGAAGUAUCGGAGGGUGGCGAACAUCCGUGGGCCAAGUGGCGCGACAUUGUGCUGCUGCACAAAAAACCGAGAAUGAUCUUCCUGCAGUCGAACACCGGCAUCGAUGCGGAUACGGGCAAGGUGGUGCUCAAAACGUACGAGGCCAACUUUGCUGGUUACAUUCAGUCGUGGGUUGACCGGUUCCCGGAUGUGAAAAUUGAUGAGGUGCUAGAGCGUAUCCACGCAGCGAACAAGCACUAUUUCGAAGGAUUGUAUUAGUGGUGCC